GCGUCAUUCCCAUGUAUCAUAGGCGGUUGGGCUUUGCGGAUGAGCGGUAAGUCUACGUUUUGUGGGCUUUGGGUCAAAAUAAUGCAAGGCGCCAUUCUCUCGGCUGCACAACCACUCCGCAUAAAGUUGCUGUGGAACAGCAAUUCCAGUACUGGUAAUUCUUCCGCCACCGCAAGAUCUGGCAAUACAAGCUUGAUGGCGGCCGCUGGUCCGAAGUGGGCUCAGAAGACUGUUACGCUGCCUCCUCAUAGGCGGGGCUGUCAUCUCAUCACCCCGAAGAUAAUGAAGGAAAUUGGACCAGACUUGUCAGAAUUCAAAUGUGGCCUUGCUCAUAUCUUCUUGCAGCAUACGAGUGCCUCUCUUACCAUCAAUGAAAACUAUGAUUCGGAUGUUCGGAGUGAUACUGAAACCUUCCUCAACAAGAUAGUGCCUGAAGGUACAUCUGCUCCUUGGAAGCAUACACUUGAAGGCCCGGAUGACAUGCCAGCGCACAUUAAAUCAUCAAUGUUUGGCUGUGCACUCACGAUUCCGAUAACAAAUGGGAAGUUUAACAUGGGUACUUGGCAGGGAAUAUGGCUAUGUGAGCACCGAGACCACCCCACUGCUCGCAAUGUUGUGGUUACCCUGAAUGGAAUUUAGGUAUAUGCUAAGAGUUGGAGCUUCUGCUUACCCCGCCAUUUCUCCUGGUUGUGUAUCGAUGCCAAUAAUAAACUGGUGUAAUAAACUGGUGUCUCGUUGCCGCUUUGGCAUAACUGAACUGGAGACCGGGAGUUUGGGGGACCGUGAAAAGACCUCUCCUUUUUCUGUUUCUUUUUUUAGAAGAGAGAAAAAAAAAGAUUGUAGUUCGUUGUUUCAUUUAGUAAUGUCUGGAUUGAUUUUUUUUCUGCAGAUCAAACAAGAGUAAAGAACAGAAACACCAAAAGGAAAAUUGAAAUAUUUAGGGAGCACUUAAUAACCCA